AUGGUUCAACUUGGCUUCACGCUCUGCCUCACGGCCGUGGCGUACGCUUCGGCCGCUCUCGCCAAGUGCGUCCCGGUCCCGCCUGCUAGCCCGCCCGUCGAUUGCAAUGGCAAGACAUACACGUACAACUCGCUCGCUGGCUUCGGGGCCAUCCCCAGCGAUGCCCGUGACCAGUUCGGCGACACAAUCAGCACCGGCUCUUCGCUGUCCAUCAAGAACUGGAAGAAGGACGGCAAGAAGUACACGGGCACCAUGUACGGUCUACCCGACAGAGGCUGGAACACCAAGGGAACCCAGAACACCAUUCCCCGAGUCCACAUCUACGACAUCACUUUCACGCCCUCUCCCGCCGCUUCAGUCGCCAAGCCGUCUGGGCCCAACAUUAAAUUCGCCUACAAGAAGACCAUCCUGCUGACCGACCCUCGUGGGACCCCGCUGACCGGUCUCGAUCCCGACUUUACCGCCAGUGGAGGCCUUACCUUCCCUGGCUUCCCCGUCAUGCCCACCUCCACCUAUCCUGGAGACGGCUUUGGCGGUGCCGGUCCCGGCGGUAAGCGCAUUUGUCUUGACGCGGAAGCCAUCUUCCUCGCCGACGAUGGCGCUUUCUGGAUUAGUGACGAGUACGGCCCGUUUGUGUACAAGUUCGACAAGGACGGCAAAAUGUUGGCCGCUAUCCAGCCCCCCGACGCUCUCCUGCCCGUCCGGAAAGGAGCCGUGAGCUACAACUCCAACACGCCGCCCAUCUACAACGCCACCCAGAUUCCCGUGCCUGGCGACCCGGACCACGGCCGCCAAAACAACCAGGGCUUCGAGGGCCUGACGGUCAGCCCGGACGGCAAGACACUCUUUGUAAUGCUCCAGUCGGCGGCGCGGCAGGAAGGCGGCGCCAGUUCAUCCAAGCGCCGCAAUACGCGGUUCCUCAAGUACUCAAUCACGAAGGACUCCAAGCCCAGGAUUACGUACGAGGCCGAGUGGGUAAUCCCUCUGCCGACCUUCAAAAACGCGGCCGGGAACACGCGAGUCGCGGCUCAGUCCGAAAUCCACUACGUCUCCGACACGCAGUUCCUGGUGCUGCCGCGUGACUCGAGCGCCGGCCGCGGCCAAGCCGACCCCCUGUCGCGGUACCGCCACGUCGACGUGGUCGACGUUUCGGCCGCCACCAACAUCAAGGGCGCCAAGUUCGACGACAUCAAGAACGGCAACAUUACCAGCGGUGGGAUUGAAAACCCUUCCGACACUCUCGUCAGCGGAAUCACGCCCGCGGUGCUAUGUCCGUUCCUGGACUACAAUCUCAACGAGCAGCUGAACAAGUUCACGGCGUCCGACGGAACCGCCGUUCGCAACGGGCCCCUGGCGAGCGACCCCACCAACCACGGCUUGGGCCUGCUGAACGAGAAGUGGGAGGCGCUUGCGCUCGUGCCCGUCAACGACGUCGUCAGGGGCGCCGACUCCAAGGACGAGUACUAUCUGUUCACGCUGUCUGACAAUGACUUUAUCACAAACAAAGGCUUCAUCAACUUUGGCAGGCUCCCUUACACGGAUGACACGGCCACGGUGCCGUUUCUCGAGAACCAGGCUUUAGUGUUUAAGAUCACGCUCCCAAAGGGCAGCAAGCCGUUGGUUGCGUGA